AUGGCCAACCUCCUACGAACUGGCGAUGUCUCAUCUGGAGGUCUCAUACUUGCAGGUUUUAUUGCAGCUACCUCUUGUGCGGCUGCGCUAUAUGUGUUUGGAAUCAGCAUCUACCGGCUGUUUUUCCAUCCAAUUGCCAGAUUUCCUGGCCCUAGAUUGGCUGCCCUCAGCGAUCUCUGGAUGCAUUGGACAACCAUGACGGGCCGCCAGCAUAUGAUAAUCUUGGACUUACACCGGAAGUAUGGGGACGUCGUCCGUGUUGGUCCAAACGAGCUCUCCUUCUCCUGUGUACAAUCGUUUCGAGAUAUCUAUGGGCAUGCCAAAUCACCAGAAAAGCGGUUCCUUAAGACCGAGAUGUACGAUAACGGAGAGCCGCCUCGUGUUUCAACAGCGCGUGAUCCGGCGCUCCAUGCACAGCAGCGCAAGACUCUCUCGAAUGCCUUCAGCGCAAAGGCCCUUCGUGAUCAAGAGAGCGUCAUCCAGAAGUACAUUGACUUGUUCGUCGACAAAUUGGACCAGUGGGGCGACUCGGGAAGGAAAGCCAUCAACAUAACGCCAGCAGUGAACUGGUUAAUGUUUGACAUCAUAGGGGACCUGUCAUUCGGCGAGUCAUUCGACAGCGUGGCUGAUGGCAAAGAGCCCUUCUGGAUCUCAAUGUUCAUGGGCGCCCUAUACUUUCCAUUGAUCAAGAGGAUCGGAAAGCAAUUUCCCCUGCUUAAGCUUGUUUUCCCGAUAGUCAUUCCAGGAUUGCGCGAGCAUGCGAAGAACCUAGAAACCCACAGGCAACUGGCGCGCAAGAAAGCGCAACGCCGUAUCGAGAUGGGUGACAUGGGACGCAUAGAUUUCUUCAGCCACAUCCUCAAGAGGGGAGCAUGGGACGAUGACACAAUUGCCAGUCACACACAGUUGCUUGUUAUCUCGGGCUCCGAGCCGAUCGCCACCGCCUUGGCCGCAACAAUGUACUACCUGCUAAAAAACCCCGAAUGCCUCGCCAAACUGCAGCACGAGAUCCGGAGCACUUUUACAUCUGACCAGGAGAUCACGGGAGAGACAACUUCCCGGCUGGAAUAUCUCAACGGCGUCAUUGAAGAAGGCAUCAGGCUCUUCCCACCGUCUGUCGUUGUACUUGCGCGGUAUUCCCCUGGCGCCACCAUCGGCGGUCAUUACGUUCCUCCGGGUGUGUCCGUAUUCAACAAUGGCUAUACAAUGUCACGCGAUCCUCGAUACUGGGAAAAACCCGAGGCUUUUCGGCCAGAGCGCUGGAUUGGCGACAGCCGUGACGAGAGAAGGGCCAGCCAGCCUUUCUCUACAGGACCGCGUGGCUGCCUCGGCAUCAAUCUGGUAUAUCUAGACGUGCGGCUUACAAUGGCAAAGCUCGUCUUGCAUUAUGACUGGGAAUUGGAAUCCAAGGAUUUGGUCUGGGAGCGCGAUGUUGUAUUGCAAGGGGUUUGGAAGAAGCCAGCGCAGUGGAUCAAGUUCCACAGAGUGACUACAUCGGUUUCUUGA